GUGGAUCAUAUUAUUUGCAAGGGGUUGUGAUAAAGGACAAAGGACCAGUUUUUGUCAGUGCAUUCGGCCCUCUUUGCAUCGUCUUCACCAUGGCUUUGGGCCCCAUGUUUUUGUCGGAGAAGAUAUCAUUAGGAAUGAUUGUUGGGGUAAUUAUAAUGGUGGCAGGACUCUAUGCUAUUCUAUGGGCUAAUAGCAAGGAUCAAGUAUCUUCUAAAACAGUAAGAGAUGCAGGGGAACAAGAGCUACCUGUUAAUGCAUCUACAUUGGGUGCUAAUGCCAAACACACAUGCCAAUCUAAUGUGGUUGAUAAUUCAACAUCAAUAGAAGAAGGACAAAGGCAAGGAACGGAACAUGCAGUAUGACCAAUAAAGAGGGAAAAUAACUAUGUGCAUAUAUAACAUCAUAAGACAACAA